AAGUUUAAUAUGACAGUUAAAUUAAUAGCAUUUAUUUUUUGCAUAACCGUGAUUAGUGAAAUAACUGGUCCAUCAUUGCCUUCAUACCUUCAACCAUGCAAUCGAAACGACCCUGGUAUUAAUGAGUGUUUAAUUAAAUUGAUGGAAAAUAUUCGUCCCUAUAUCAGUAAAGGAAUACCAGAAAUGCACAUAUUACCUCUAGAUCCAGUGAUGGUGCCAUCUGUGACUUUGAAACAAGAUUCAGCCGGUUCAGUUAAUUUUGUUGCACUGUUUACAGAUUUGAUGGGUUAUGGAGUAAAAAAUUUUCAAAUAAACAAAAUGAAAAUUAGUUUCAAAAACCAAUCAUUGGAGAUCGACGUUUAUUUGCCUUUGUUCAGAAUCGAAUCCAGGUACGAAAUCAAUGGUAAAAUAUUAGUUCUGCCUAUUAAAGGAAAUGGCAAAUUCGUUGGAAACUUUACUAAUGUUUCAGCAAAGAUUAAAUUUGAUUUAAAAAUUGUUAAGAAAAAGAAUCACAAAAACUUUUUUGAUAUUAAACAAAAUAAAAUUAGUUUGGAAAUAGGAACAGUAAAAUUACAUUUUAGUAAUUUAUUCAACGGUAACAAACAAUUAGGUGAUCAUACAAACCGGUUUAUAAACGAUAAUUGGAAGGACCUAAAAGUGGAGAUAAAGCCGCUGCUUGAAGACACUGUUUCUUCCAUAAUCAUAGGUAUUAUCAAACCAGUAUUCGAGACAUUUAGUAUGGACGAUAUAUUUCCAGUCUAG